AUGUCGACGGGUAAAAGACUUGCUAAAAGAUCUAUAAUUGGCACACGGGUCUGUGCCAAAUGGAAAGACGGAAUUUUUUAUUCUGGAGUAAUACAAGAAGUUCAUACGCCGUGCGAAAUGCAAAAUCCUUGGGAAAUGAAUCUUUUACAACAAACUCCCGAAACGGCAUACAAAGUACUUUUCGAUGGCAUACCAAUAGCAACGGCACUCGCCUCGUUGGAAAAAAACAUUUAUAACGGAUUUGAAAAUACUAAAAUUCGAGCCGUCGAGGAUUUUACGGAAUACCAUCUCAUUGGUGCCGGAUUUCAAUCCCUUCCCGGAUAUCAUGCAUUGACUGGAGCUUCCCUUCAACCGGGACAAAAACUUUACCUUACAUACAAUGGCCGAGAAGUUUCGGGUAUCGUUUUGAAUCAUAAAGCCGAAGAAGAUGAAGUUAUCGUUCAGAUUAGCCCUCCCGGACAUGAGGCUCCGAUAGAAUUAAAGAAAAAAUUGGAAGAGGUUAGACUUUUAGAAAGUCGAAAAUCAGCUAGAUUAAUGGAUCAGGAUACGGAUUUUGCAAGGUUGGCCGAUAUGGCGGGUGACAGGAAAAAAACAAGUUCUCAUUCAAUUGAUGUACCAUUCGGACAAGGAUCUCGUAAACGUCGCCCGAGUACGUCAAACGAUGAAAAAGACUAUGAUACCAUGAAUGAAUGCACGGCCGCAUUGGUACUUAUGUCAUUGUCUUGCAGUCCUCAUUCACCAUACACAACAGGUUUUUCAUACGAGCCAUUAUCACCAUCACCGAGUAGCGAUGUUUAUUCAUGGCGUUCCGGUGGUCGUUCUCCAACACCUAGUCCUCCACUUAGCGAAGGAGGAUCAGGUUCGUCUAUAUGGAAUCAAAGCACGACCGAUGAAGGAAUCGUCAUUGAUGAAUUUGACGACAUACCCAGAAAGAAAAGGAAAGUCGGGAAAAAUUCUUGGGAAGGUCAUCAAGCUUCUUAA